CUGCAAGCAGGUGCGACUGGCUGAUUUCUGGGUCUUGCUGCUUCCCAGUGACCUCAGCACGAGAAAGAGAGAUACCAGGUCUUCCAGGAAAGGAUGGAUCCCCUGGACCAAAAGGAGCCAGAGGUGCAGAAGGACCAAAGGGAGACUGUGGAGGCAGAGCUUUUAGAAACUGAAAUAAGUGUUUUGCAAGAACAACUGAAGGCCCUGAAAGCUACUGUCAGCAAAAUACUAAAAGCUUGUUUUUUCAUAAAUGGCAGUAGUGCCGGUGAAAAACCAUUUCAAGCCAAUGGCUCUGAAGGUGACUUUGAGAUCUCAAAAGCCACAUGUUCCCAAGCUGAUGGCCUGAUUGCUUCUCCAAGGAAUUCUGCAGAGAACAGCACCAUACAACAAAUAGCAGUUCAUCAUAACAAAAAAACAUUUAUCGGAAUAAACAAUAUACAAACAGAAGGUUCAUUUAAGUAUCUAAGUGAUGAAGCAAUAGGAUACUCAAACUGGGCUGCAGGAGAACCAAAUAAUGUUGGUGGAAUUGAAGACUGUGUAGAAGUAUAUCCAGAUGGCAGAUGGAAUGACAAAUCCUGUAAUGAUAAACGGUUAAUAAUCUGUGAAUUUUAAUCUCCCUUGUGGUUUAAAUUAAAAUCAGUUAGCGCAAAUUGGCUUGCAGCUUUAAUACUUAUAUAACCUUGUUGAUUUACAAUAGCUUCACAUUUUGAAUAG